CCAUUUCUGUGACGCUCAUUUUGGGGUAGAUAACGCCAUAUCAGUAUUUUUGUAGUGACUUAUAAAAAAUUAAGUCCUUUCUCACGAGAUUUCACUUCAAAGAGAUUUAGCUCUUCAGAAUUGCUAUGAGGGUGCUUCUGGUCUUGUUUCUUGCGGGCUUUGCUCUGGCGGCGGCCAGUCCUCUUUACGAACUCGACCAAGUCGAUGGCUUCGGAGAGUUAGCAGACGAUCUUGAUUUUUUCGCUGAAGAAAACAAAGACGACCUUAUUCAGAAGCUGAAGGACAAAUUCCAGGAAGUAGUGAAGAAAGUGAAAGAUGCCAUAGACCAAGGCAAAAGCCUGAAGGAAGGUUUGGAGACGUUGGAGAAGAUCCGAAAGAAGCUGAAGGAGUUCAACAUCGACCUCGGCGACUUUGGAAACGAGUACUUGGAGCAGCUCAAGGAGAAGGUGAAAGACUACUGGAAGAAGCUCAAGGACAGGCUUGGUGUGAGCAAAAGAAACACUGCCGAUGAUGUGGCUGGUAUGAUCCAGGAUUUCAAGCAACUGAUCAAUGAGGAAUACGACCCGGAAAAGAUAAAGGCAUUUGUUACAAAACACUUCGGAGAGAAUGAAGAAAUGACUAAAGCUCUGACACAGCUGAUCAAGGAGUACGGAAAAGAAAGCCUUGAAAAGAUUCGCGAAUUUUUCAAGAAGUUUAUCGAUGGUAUGAUUGGCGUGCACAAUACGUCCAACAACGAUGUCUUUGAGCAAAUUCGUGACUUCUUCAAGGAUUUUGGAGUCGAGAUUAAGAACAGAUUCACCAAGUUCGGAGAAUGGGUCAAGGAACAAUACAAGAAGGGACUGGAGAAGAGCAAAAAUAAACUGGAGAACGUCAAGAAAAUCGCCAAAGAGUUUUUGGAAGACACCAGGAAGAUCUCCAGAGAUGUUGCCGAGGAAGCCUUGGACUUCUUCAGAGAAUAUAAGAAGGACCUUGGCAUCAUCUUUGACGACAUCGAAGUGAAAGUAAAGGACAUCCUGAAACAAGACUAGACUUCGAUUUAAUACUGAUUUAGUAACUGUAUUCAAAUCGAGUUUCCACUCAUUGUUCAAGUUUUCUAGGCUUGUCUUUUUAUGUAACAAAAAAUAUUAAUAAAUAUUA